CCAGUUAUAUGCAUGCCAGAUACAUGCACUCAGUGCAUCGUGUCGUUUUAGUGAAAAGAGUAUACCCUUUUGUACCGAAGUGAUAAAACUGCUGCAUUUUCCUGAUAUAACAUCAUAUGCUACUGGCUUAUUAAAGGAAACCUCACUUCAAGACUAUCUUGCAAGGAAUUAUUUGGACGCCAAAAGGAAUAAACAACUCUACUUGACUAUGGACCCAGCCGUGCAGAGGGCUAUCGCCGAGCGCAUCAUCACCGCAGUCGGCGGCACCAACAACUUCAAGUGCUCGCUGUGCCCGGCGACCUUCUGCGGCAACGUCCCGGUCAAGCAGCAUCUGAGCGGGAGGGAGCACGCUAACAACGGCGCCGCGUACAUCCUCGCUAACCCGUCGGACAAGAGGCAGUCUCUAAGGAAACUGGUGAGUCCCCGGCUCCUGGCAGCGGCGGAGAGGCAGGAGGUGCGAGGGAUGCGGUGCAGGAUCUGCGGUUUGGAUUUCAACGGCGCGGCGCCCUUGGAGCAGCACGUGGCGGGGAGUGACCACGCGAAGAAGCGCCUGGCGUCGGGGAUCCCCCAGGGAGCGGUGGCUGGGGCGAGGGCGGGCGUCCAGCAUCUGCAGCCGNAUAUUUCUCCUCUCGCUGCCCACUACGACGGCAACGGACCCAUUGAGUGCGGCUUGUGCAAGGUUCAGUGCACAGGCAAGCAAUCCUACGACGAACACGUAAAAGGCGACAAACACCGGAAAAAGGUCAGUCAGUGUUAGACAAACGCAUACGGA